CUUGCCUGUAUAUACUUGUUGAUGCGGUGAUUCUGUAACUUACACGGGCCCAGUUUCGGUGUAACUUUUCCUUAAAGGUUCUUCUCAGCGCCUGGUGCUCCCGAUAUGUUUCUGUGAAGCCCGGUUCUGCAGGGCAGCGUCGGUGAUCCACACACGAGGUCCCCGACGUCGAAGGUUACCGUAUCUGUAGGAAUGGGUGGUCCGCGCCGCUAUCAUCCCAUAUUCAAGUACUCCAAAACUAAGGUUUGUCCGCUUUCUAGUAUCGUGUCAUGGUGCAUUACGUGGGGAUGUGUGUGCCCAAAUCUAAACGGCAGACCAAGGCGCCCUGCUUACUGUUGGAGUCCACUGCGGGGUCCCUGCAGAUCCAAAGUUCAUCUCAUCGCUCACUUCCGAACUAUCACUCAUGAUCCAGUCCCGGUGGCCGUUGGUCCAUCGAUGCGCGGCGCGUUGUUAUCCUUUCUGACUUUUUGUUCCCGCUCCUACAUUCCACUACAUUACCGUCUUACGAGACGUGUUGCUUGUGCAUUCUACACAGGUCUUCCAUCCUACGCAUGUCAGCCCAACAACGUUGCCACGGAACCCUUCCCUUCUGCCUAUUUCGUCUUGGUCAAAAUUGGCGGUCAUGCUCGUCUCAAUAUUAUCAACUUCUCGAUAUCACCCCGGAUACUCUUCUGUCUCACCAUCAUCUUGUCUCUUACCGGACGGGGUAAUCAUAUAUGGGGAGUCUGGAUCAAUUUGUGCAUAUUCACCGUCACUUACUCUAUUGUCUUCCUACUGGUCGCACAUCACGGAAUGAACUCAUAAUUGAAAUCAUUUUCAGCGUACACAGGGUCCCUCCACUUAUUCUCUGCUUUGCCGAGUGCUACCGAUCUCCGUGCCUAUGAAUGCUCCAUGCCCGCAUGCACAUGAUCAUCGGCUCGUUGACCAGGGUAUUUCGUCUAGCCGGGAGCGAGCUGCUGGACGUAAGUCUCCCCCCACAAGCACACACACCCCGAUAUGGACAAUCUCAUCCGUGGGACGAAUCAAUUGGACGAACGUCCUCAUAUCUAUAUGUGGCCGGGAAGUUG